AUGGUAUCACCGAAAGAAGAAACCCCGUCGCCACCUGCAAAGCCAAAAAAAGUCACGAAUGAUGAUUUAUAUCGACGAUCCACCCAAUACAGGUAUUGGUCUUUUACAGUAUCAAAGCUUGCUGAUCUUCGUGUUCUAGCCAACAAAAAAGGCCUCAAAUCAACACAUGAGAAGUUGGACAACCUCGAUCCCACCUUAGAAGAAACAAAAGCAGUUACAAGCAACGGAUUGGACAAGUUUCCAUUUGUUACACCGACCGAAGAACUACAAAUCAUUACAUAUUACGCAAGGAAAUGCCAGGAUUUGGCAAAUUUCUUUAGGCUACCUUCACAGGUGAGAUCCACAGCCAUUGUAUACCUGUAUAAAUUUUACCUCACGCAUUCCGUGAUGGCCUACCACCCACAACAUAUAAUGUACACAUGUCUCUUUCUGGCAGCAAAGGUGGAAAACAGCUUUAUAGGGAUCAACAACUUCUCCAAGGCCAUUCCUAGAACCACGCCAGACUCCAUAUUGCAGUACGAGUACCUUAUUCUUCAAUCGCUGCGGUUUUCUUUGCGGUGCCACCAUCCAUUCAUGCCGCUUUAUGGUUUCUAUCUCGAUAUUCAGGAUCUUCUCCCUAAGGUUGAUCUGAAACGACUCACUAGAAGCUGCGAUAAGGCCCGUGAGCACAUUUCAGAGAGUCUGUUUACCGAUGUGUUCUUCCUCUUUACGCCUCCCCAAAUAGCGCUUUCCUGCCUGUGGAAAAGCGACGAUAUUCUCGUGGAGAGAUAUCUUGCGAAAAAAAUGGGCCUCAAGAAGCGCCAGAUUAAGGGUGAGUUGGCAGUUGUCAAGGAGGUCGAGAAGGGGAAUGGCGUUAGUUCAAAAUCCGCCUCUCCGGAUGCUGAUCCGGCCGAAAAUGAGCCAAAUUUGCUUACUCCACAGCAGAAAUUUGACAAAUUGAUGAUUACAAUUAAAAAAUGUGCCCAUGCCAUCGAGAAAAAUACUUGUAGCCCAUCUGUUGACGAGGCUCGCCGCAUUUCCUCCAAGAUUAGAUACUGUUUAGACCCGAUCCGGUAUGGUCGCAGGCUUGUAAAGCAGCAGAAAGAGACCGCCACGGUUGUGGUACAGGCCAAUGCCGAACAAAGCCGCCCUUCGAAAAGUGGUGCACGGAUGGCUGACGCUCCGGAGGGGCCUUCGAAGAGAGUGAAGACUGAAUGA